GCUAUGUAAGGUAUCCCCCCUCUCUCCCUCAUCCUAACCCUCCACUAGUCCUGGGCUUUGUCUCCAACAAGUAGCAAGAGAAAAGGGACAAGAGACACAAACUGGGGCUGAAAGGAGAGAGAGAUCUUUCCAUUGGAAAAGUGCAUGGAGACAGCCCGAUCCAACCAUUUGUCCUGCUGAAUUAUACUCUUUUGAUCUCUUUGCUUACGUUUUGGAGGAUUUUGGCCAGGGCUCCAAAAAGGGUGGCUGGAGACAGGUUUGAGUGUGUGUAAGCUUUGGUAGUGUGUUUGUGUCAGUGGUGGGAGCCAUGAGGACCUCCUGGUUCUUUGCACUGGUUUGUGUAAGUUUGGCGGCCCUGGCCUGCGCAGAGAAAGGCCUGGAGUUCCCCCGCUAUGAUGGCAAGGACCGCGUGCUGGACAUUGAUGGCAAGAACUACCGCAAAGCGCUGAAGAGCCACCGCAUGCUGUGCCUGCUCUACCACGCACCUGCACCGACCAGCAAAGAGCUGGAGAAACAGUUCCAAAUGACUGAGCUGGUGCUGGAGUUGGCUGCUCAAGUUCUGGAAGAGAAGGACAUUGGCUUUGGGAUGGUAGACUCUGAGAAGGAUGCCAAAGUUGCAAAGAAACUUGGUCUACAUGAGGAGGGCAGCGUGUAUGUUUUUAAGGAUGAGCGUGUAAUUGAGUUUGAUGGGCUACUUUCUGCAGACACGCUUGUGGAGUUCCUGCUGGAUCUGUUGGAGGAUCCAGUUGAGGUACUUGAUAAUGCUCUGGAGCUACAAGCCUUUGACCGCAUGGAAGAGGACAUCAGACUCGUUGGCUACUUCAAAAGUCAAGAAUCAGAAUAUUUUCUGGCUUUCCAGGAAGCAGCUGAGCAGUUUCAGCCUUUCAUCAAAUUUUUUGCCACCUUUGAUAAAUCUGUUGCUAAGGAGCUAACACUGAAGAUGAAUGAGGUAGACUUCUACGAGCCCUUCAUGGAGGAACCAGUCACUAUUCCAGACAAGCCCCAUACUGAGGAGGAGCUUGUGGCUUUUAUCACUGAACAUAGGAGACCAACACUGAGAAAACUGAGGGCUGAGGACAUGUUUGAAACUUGGGAGGAUGACCUGAAUGGGAUUCACAUUGUUGCUUUUGCUGAAGAGGAGGAUCCAGAUGGCUUUGAGUUUUUAGAGAUUCUCAAAGACGUUGCCAGGGACAACACUGAGAACCCUGAGCUGAGUAUUGUCUGGAUUGAUCCUGAUGACUUCCCUCUGCUAAUUCCUUACUGGGAGAAGACCUUUAAGGUUGACCUCUUCAGGCCUCAGAUCGGAAUAGUCAACGUCACAGAUGCGGACAGCGUGUGGCUGGAGAUGGAUGAUGAUGAGGAUUUGCCCUCUGCUGAGGAGCUGGAGGACUGGAUAGAGGAUGUGCUCUCGGGAAAGGUCAACACUGAGGAUGAUGAUGAUGAUGACGAUGAUGAUGAUGAUGAUGAUGAUGACGACGACGAUGAUAAUGGCAAUGAUGACAAUGACGACAACGACGACGAUGAUGAUGAUGAUGACGACGACGAUGACGACGACGACGAUGAGUAAUUCAGAGUAUUUGGCAACUAAACCUUCAAAGGAGUUUACUGGCUCUCAAAGGCUCAGC